GUGAAGGCAGCAGCGGGCUGUCAGCUGUACGGAGGGAAGGUGUGUUUAGCUGGAGUGGGGUUUUGGGAGCGCUGUAUCAUUUCGCUCUCGCUGGCGCGUUGCCUCGCCUUUUGUUUGAUCAAACUCGUGUAUUUACCCGUUCCCCCAUUUUACGCGGAUACACGUUUGAAGGAAAAAAACGUUUAUGGUCCUGGCUGAAGACUUCACGAUGUCUCGCACCGACGAGGUUCACCGUUUGACGGAAAAUGUCUAUAAGACCAUCAUGGAGCAGUUCAACCCCUGCUUACGGAACUUUGUUGCCAUGGGGAAGAACUAUGAGAAGACCCUUGCCAAUGUGACAUUUGCUGCCAAAGGCUACUUUGAUGCUCUGGUCAGAAUGGGGGAACUGGCCAGUGAGAGUCAAGGAUCCAAAGAUUUGGGGGAUGUGCUGUUCCAGAUGGCUGAAGUCCACAGACAGAUCCAAGUGCAGCUAGAGGAGAUGUUGAAAUCCUUCCACAACGAGCUGCUCUCUGAGCUAGAGAAGAAGGUGGACUUGGAUAGUCGUUACCUGACUGCUGCCCUGAAGAAAUACCAGAUGGAACACAAGAACAAAGGGGAGAGUCUGGAGAAGUGCCAGGCUGAACUGAAGAAGCUGCGCAGGAAGAGCCAGGGCAGCAAGAACCCCUCGAAGUACGGAGAGAAGGAAAUGCAGUUUGUGGAGACCAUCAGCAGUAAGCAAACGGAGCUGGACACCUUCAUCGCUGAGGGAUACAAGACAGCCUUGUCUGAGGAGCGCCGCAGGUACUGCUUCCUGGUGGACCGCCAAUGUGCCGUGGCCAAGAACAGCAGCGCCUACCAUGGCAAGGGUAAAGACCUUUUGACUCAGAAGAUCCCAGUGUGGCAACAGGCUUGCUCAGACCCCAACAAGCUGCCAGAGAGGGCCAUGCUCCUGGCACAGCAGAUGGGCUCUGCCUCCCUCGGGGGCGCAAGCCCCCUGCAUACCUCUAAAUCCAACUUGGUCAUCUCAGACCCUAUCCCUGGGGCCCAGCCUCUUCCUGUGCCCCCAGAGCUGGCUGUUUUCAUGGGCAGUGGCAUGGGACACCCUGCGAGGCUGAUAGGCCCCGAUGGGAUGUCCAUGGUAAAUGGAACAACAGGAGUCCACGGGGAUGAAUAUUGGACGGAUGGAGGGACUAUACCCGUGUCCCAAAUUAGGCCUUCAUCCCCUCAGAGCCAGGCGCAGGGCCAGUCCCAGGCUCAGCCCCAGAGACAGGUCAGCGAUGUCUACUCCAACACCCUCCCUGUUCGCAGGCCUGCCCCCGCCAAGAAUAAGAACCCAGUGGGAGAGACCCGGACCUUGCCCAGGUCCAGCUCCAUGGCAGCAGGCCUGGAAAAGAAUGGCCGCGCCCGUGUCCAGGCCAUCUUCUCCCACGCUGCGGGUGACAACGGCACCCUGCUCAGUUUCUCUGAGGGAGAUAUAAUCACCCUACUAGUGCCUGAGGCCCGUGAUGGCUGGCACUAUGGGGAGAAUGAGAAGAACAAGAUGCGUGGCUGGUUCCCAUUCUCCUACACACGUGUGGUUCCGGAAAGUGAUAAUGAGAAGCUCAAAGUUAACCUGCACCAUGGGAAAAGUAGCAGCACAGGGAACUUGUUGGAGAGUGAUGCAUCACUGCCCACACCUGACUACGGGCUGACUGCCCGACUGCUGGCACAGAGCCUAGCACAGACCCGCCCACGCCCCUACAGCAUGGCAGCCUUUGGCACACAGCCUGCUAUUGAGGAUUAUGACGGACGCUUUGCCACAAGUUUGGGUCCAGAAUUGUCCCGGUUCUGAGGGAACAGGACCUCCUGACCGUUCCCUGGAGGUCUACCUCCGGCCCACCUUCACUGAUGACCGAUCCGCGCCCAUCUUCUACUAGCGGCCUGCUGUCUCCUUUUGUCCACUUUUUAAAGAGGAGAGAGAAAAUGGCCAAAAUUGGCAUAUUUGAGGUCCCACGCUGCAAAGAAUUCUGUUUUUUUGCCGUGCAAAUUCACUCUGAGAAUUUUCAGUUAUUCCUCGUGAUGUUUUUGCAGAUGCUAUCACAAAUGUUGAAUGUCUCAGCCUGAACAUUCAAUUGCAAUUGUGAGAGUAGAUUUUAUUUAGAUCACACCAGUUGUGGAUAAGGUAUGGCUAAUAGAUUUUUACUAGUAAUGCAGUGGAAUUAUUAUUUAUCUGCACCUCUAUUAUGGGAUUUUAUUUGUUCUUCAACACUAUACACUGUAAAUUUCAUUUGAGGAUUAUUUGCAUUAACGAGCUGUUUAGGUGAGGCUUAGGGGUGAAUAAGAUUAUCUACAGCAGUUGUCAGUGCAUCACUUUCACAUGCACUGACAUGUUGAUUGGAUGCUGUCACAAAUAGCUAGAACUGGUCAGUUGGGGAAAGUAGGAUUUUGCUUUUGUUAAGGGAUAAAGUACUAUAGAAUUACUAGUUGUGAUACAGUAUACCCAUAUUUUCAGGGUGGGGACUGUGCCUUCUAUUUAUUUUUCUUUUAAACAUACAGUAUAUUUCAUGCAGCAUUGGCCCAGUCAUUGUGUAAACUGGUUUGAGCGCAUAUGAAUCACAGUUCAACUUGUAUUUUUAUAUUUGUGGAAAUAUAGGUAGGAUUGUUUCCCUUUUUGCUGCACUUCAGUCAACAUAAUACAAGAAUAUUUUCACUAUUUUUUUCCUUUUCUUUACAUUUCAGUAAUAUCUAAGCUGCAAGAUAUGAAGCCAAGAAAUGAAUAUAUAUUGGGGCUUUAAAAAAAAUAUAUAUAUAUAUUUAGCUUUGAGGGAGUGGUAGCUUAUCAGAUAAGGUACAGUAUUAUUAUAGCUUUUCAUCGUUCAUUCUCAGUAUUAUACACUCAUCUGGGGAAAAAAAGCUUAGAGCAGAGACAAUUAUCUACAGGAUGAUGUGUGGGGAUAGAAGUGGAAAGAAAGUGUGUGGUUGUGUGAAUGAGCUAAAAUGCCUCUUAGAUUGCAAUAAAUCAAGUUACAUUGUGAAAAGUCCAUUUUCCAUGGAUGAGAGUUAAAUCAUGAAAAGUCAAUUUUCCAUGGGUGAGUCCUUUACACUGAGUGAUGUGAUCAGGCUUUUAUUACACAGCUCAUUGGCAGCAAGUUUCAAAUGCAUUUUGUACUUUUUUAUAGCUUUCAUUGUGUCCAUUUCUCACCUUUGUCCCUGUUUGUAUUAUAUCUGUACUGUACAGAAAGUGCAUAUAAAUUAUCUUGUCCAAAAUAAAUCUAAAUGGGCAGAAAC